UUCUCUCUUCACUCAUUUUCGUCACAAUCUUCUCAUUUUCUCUGACAUGGCCGACGAAUUCCAAGAGUCCGACGUCAUCUUCUCCGAUCACUACCACCGCCAGGCCUCCGCCGCGGCCGCCGACCACGACGACAGCUUCGUUGACGAUGACGAUUCGUGCUUCUUCGACAGUUACAGAGAAGUCAUCGCUCAGCCGCCGCAUCAGCAUCAUCAGCAGUGGAAUUCGCGGAGUAAGUCCAGCAAGAUUCGGAAGAAUUCAAACAAGAUCGUGGCGAACUCGCUGCCGGUGAACAUUCCGGAUAGCAUAUUCCGGUGUAUGGACGCGGAGGAGCAGCUGGAGGAAGAAUGGGAGGACGAAGGGAUGGUUCCGCCGCACGUGCUCGUCGGGAGGAGGAUCGCAGGGAAAAUGGCCUUCUCGGUGUGCACGGGGAACGGCCGGACCCUCAAGGGCCGGGAUUUGAGCCGUGUCCGGAAUUCCAUUCUAAGAAUGACUGGCUUUUUGGAGACCUAAUAAUUAACGCUUCACAAUUUACACGUACGUAACGACUCAGCUAGAAUUUUGUUUGCCCCAUCGAUCACAGAUUGAAGAGAACAUGAGAUUGUUCAUUACCUUCAUCCUCAUGCUUCUGGAGUUGUUCUAGAACUUUCCUUGAUUGUAGCAGAAAAACAAACAAGUGUUUUUUUUUUUUCCCACAAGCUACUCAGAAUUCAUAAACGGAAGUGAAUUGAAUUCCAUUUCUUACACAAUUAAUAUAUAUACAUAUAUAUAUUGAACUUGCUUUAA